ACAAUUUCAGUGGGCACGGCGGACCAACUACGGGCAUGUGGCCUCCCAAGCCUUUCCUCUGCUUCAUGCAGGUGCUCGUUCUUGGUUUGACCGGAGCGACGUAUCACCGAAACAUUUAUUCUACCGGAUCUUCAAGCUGCAAAAAUGUGCCUGUUCCUUCCUCGUGUUUUCUUAACACGUCAGCAACGAUGGAGAGUUAUCAGGAAACACCUUCCUUCCACGUCACGCCAGCUCUGGUGCCGCGCAAUCCAACCAUAGCGCCACCUACACAUCAUGUGACAUCAAUGGGCUGCUGUACAAAAGGACGACUGCAGCUGCACAAUUUCAGUGGGCAUGGUGGACCAACUGCGGGCAUGUGGCCUCACAAGCCUUUCGUCGGCUUCAUGCAGAGUUUGACUCGAGGGAGCACAGCCCUCAGUGGACGAUAGCUGUUGACUGGUGCAGACUCUUGUGUUGCGGCUUCUUGCUGUGUUUUACUUUUUCUGGACACUGAAGAAGCAGACUUGCAAGAUGUGGACCUACUAUGACAACUGCUACGCUUGGGGGUGGCUGACCGCAGGUGCUGCCUGCUUUCCCCACCUCCUCUGGCUUUCUCCUGCAGCUUGUGGUCCACUUCUUCCCCCGCUGCUCAUCUUCAAGUGCAAAGUGGAGCUCGUGGCUGCCCCGUCUCGAAUUCCGCCUCGCCUCGGGCCUGACCGUAACCAAGAGUGGAGCUCGUGGCUGCCCCGUCUCGAAUUCCGCCUCGCCUCGGGCCUGACCGUAACCAAGAACAUGCCUAGAACCAAGGUACCCCAUGGACGACCACGCCAGUCAUCGCACCUCCACGGAGCUGACACUGAGAAAGAAGAAAUCAAGCACCUUGAGAGACAGGUGAAAGAGCUGCAGCGCACGCUGAAGGAGGCAAUCGCCACUACCGAGGAGAACGCAUCUCGGAUCUGCCACGAGGUGGACUUGUGGUAUGACAACAUCAUCCGCACUGUGCCCGAGGAGGUCCUAAACCGUCCUUACAGAGAGAAUUGGGACAGCCUAGUGCAGAACCCACCUCCACACAUGUCCGUGGCCAGUACAACCCUUAAGAGCUCUUGUGGCCCCUCGGCUCUUGCAAGUACGUGUGCGGAAAGUGAAGCAUCAACUUCCAACCAGCUCGGCUAUACAACGGAAACCAAGGUUGCUGCCACUAUAGAGGCAAAGAAGGAAGAAAGUGAGACCCACCCGACGACCAGCAAUUUACCAGAGGCGCAGUUCGAAAAGAGCCUGGGGUCCCCAAUCGCAGAAGUCCAAGACGGCGGACAUGCACCGGGCAUUAGAGCGAAGUUUGACAUCACAAAGAAGCCGGCGAACGCACGAAAGGCGCGCCCGGGAGAAAUAUUGCUGUCGCUUAAGGGCAGCCCCGUUUCAACCAAGCCUGCUGAGGUUGUCCUGUGUGUCCACCUGGACGAAACCGACGAGAUUCAAAGGAGCGCCGGGGAGAUCACUGACGAAUCGGUGAAAGACCUGUGCAAGGCCAUCGAGAAGCUAUACGAGGAUCUCUGAAACUAAAAUAAAAAAAUCAUGAUCUGCAACCUCAG